UCCAUUCAAUCACCGUUUGCCAGUAGUGUUGACACACGUGCCAGUAGUUAUUUCGGUGCUCACCAACUGGCUCUUGCAAACUCCUAUUAAUCCUCCUCAAAAUCACAAAAAUACCACAUCUACUGCAAACAUGUUACUCUCUUAUUGGCGGAUCAGCUAGUUGCUGCAGUAGGCUUGAGCGUAGAAGAUUGCCCCACUAUCACCACCAAUAAUUGAUAAGUUUCCAGAUCCUCUCUGUACUCAAGCUGGCACUACUGUCUUCUUCUACCUCUUCUGAUCACUCGAUCUCCAUUAAACCCUAACUCUAAUUUAACUGCACUGUAAAAAAUCGCCAUAACCAGCAACUAUCAGAAACAAACACCUGGCUUGGACUUGCGCCAUUAUAUUCAUGCUCUAGCACAAAAAACACACGCACAGAAACAGAACCAAAAGAAGAAAGAUGCUUCCUUUUUUUCCUUUGAUUUCACUCAUUCUUCUUUCAAUCCCAAGUGUCAUUCCAUUAGAUAACAAACAAUCAGUCUACGAUGUUCUUAAGGAACAUGGGCUACCCAUGGGCCUACUACCGAAAGGCGUUAAGGAUUUCAGAAUUGAAGACACAGGCCAUUUUGAGGUCCACUUGGAUGAAGCUUGCAAUGCGAAAUUCGAAAACGAAUUACAUUACGAUAGGAAUGUUUCUGGGACUUUGAGCUACGGUCAGAUCGGAGCUUUAUCGGGAAUUUCGGCGCAGGAGUUGUUUUUGUGGUUUCCGGUUAAGGGGAUUCGUGUAGAUAUACCUAGUUCGGGGCUUAUAUAUUUCGAUGUUGGUGUUGUUUCUAAGCAAUUCUCGCUUUCCUUGUUCGAAACGCCAAGGGAAUGUACGGCUGUUCGUGAAGGACAACCGGAGGCUAUUGAAACUGGGCGGCUUAUAGCGGAGGCUGUUUCCAUGAGUCAACUUGGGGAACUAAGAUACCAAAUUGAUCAAGGGAAUUUUGGGAGGGGUGUUCUAUAGAGUGCAAAGGAGAAAGCUAAUACUUGAGAUGUGCAAUAGCUCAAUCAGCUCAUGGGUUCUCCAUUUCACCUUGUAAAUUUCAUCACAGGUUCUGUUCUAGUAGGUCCAGUGCUUCCAUUUCAAUUCAGCGUGUUUGCUUGUGUUCUUUUCUCCCCUUAUAGUGCAGAAUAUGCAACUUAGCUGAGACAGUUCUUGUCUAUACAUGGAUGCCUGGCGAAUGUCUUUGGAAGAAAAUUUUGAUGAGGAAAUACCAUGAUCAUCGAAGGCAUUCUUCCUAGAGACCUUUAAGUGAGGCAGGAGCAUUCGGCUAAGUGUGAUUCCAGGUGACAAAUCUGAGAAAUUUAAAUUUAUUACGUUAAAUUUGUUGUAUUAUGAAUAUAUAAUGUGGCUGCAUUACCAAGUCAGGUUUUGUAGUUUUAUUUUUUUUUAUUUAUUUAUUUUUUUUUUUUAAAUUGAUGAGAGACAUAUACGUUCACGAAAAGGAAAUUCAGGAAUAAACAGCUUUCUUGCUUAUAUUUAUCCUCCUAAACAAAUAAACAGUAGUGGAUUUUCUUUAUUUAUGUAGUUUCCUAUAUGUCUUCAUUACCAGUUUGCUUAAUUUUGUCACCUUUAUUUUUUCUGUUUAAUGCGGUGUAUAUAUAUCAUGGUGUUGACUUAUCGCGUUUGGUGAGUGGAAUAUGUGAGAAUCCAUCACUGAGUUAUCAAUUUAUCAUCUACCAUUUUCUUUAAGGGACUCAUAUUUAUCUUGUUAUGCUCAGGUAUAACCUCAACACUGUCAGAGAACUUGAACAGAGGCAUUGGGUAGUCAUAUUUAAUGAUGUAUAUUUCUGCACUGAGAUUUAGCUGUCUUUUGUCCCAGAAUUUUUUCUUCUUCUCUUUGGGUGGACAGUGGGGGGUGGGUGCAGGGUUGGAGGGAUUGUGGUUAGGCAAAGGUUGGUUGAAAAUUUACUUUAGGAUUUUGUAUUUGAUUCAGGAAUUGCUAAAUCCAUGAUAGGCUAUCCUACUAUAUAAUGCAUCAUCGGAGCCUGUUGAGAUUUUCCGGGAGUUGAACUUCAGGUGCUACUUUGAACUCUGUCUCUAUCCCUCUCGAAUCAUGAUCUUUUUUGUUUUCCCUUUUUCUAGUCCUUGAUUUGUGUUUUGAUUUUUUUUCUAAAGGAAUUACUUGUCCACUGAGCCUUGACUACACAAAUAAAGGUUGUUCUCCCUUUCCUAAUGUCCAUAAAUAUAAAAUCCAAAUGAUUCUCCUUAAGAGUUAUUAGCUUUAGUGACAUUUACCAAUGCUCAAGUAGUUCAGGAUUGACCAACUAACUAACCACGGGGCCUAUGGCUAUGGCCAAUUCUCGGUGCUUAUCUUAUGUGUUGAGGAUAUCAGAUGAGCCUCUAUUUUCCAACAGCUGACAGAUUAGGCAUCUCAAUUGGCCUGGUCUCAGGCUCUCAGCAGCUAUUUGGAUGCAUAUAAAUGCCUAAUUGGGAGCUGCCUGCAAUUGUUCAUGCAUGAUCUUUCUUAUUGCCAAAUAAUGUUUCAAGUAAACCUGCUAUUCUUUCUCCAUGAAUUUCCUGUUCAGGUGGUAAAAAUGAGGUGGAAUGCAUAUUUGUCUCUGUUUUCCUUUUUACUGCAGUUUUUAUUCUUCGACAUCUGAACGCACCGAUUCAAAGAAAGAGAGGGGAAAAAAAUCAUAAUUGAGCCAGACGAAUGAAGAUCUGGUUCUUAUCUCUCUGCUUUGAUUGCCAGCCCAAUUAAUCUAAUUUUUUUCAAAUACUGUUUGCAUAAUUUGAAACUAUUGUUCUUUUGUUUCCAUUAUGCAUUUUAUUCAUGAAAUAGUUGAUAAUUUAAAUGGGAAUGUAGUCCCAUCACUAAGAGGGCUCGGACAGGACAAACUAGGCUGGACUGAGCUGCCUGCUUUCUUAGUUAUUUCUGUGUAUGGUAUGAUGGAUCGAAGACAUGUUAAUUCCUAGAUGUUUUUAAUUUAUUGGAGUGAGAAGUUCUUGUUAUAUGAUCCCCAAACAUCCCACAUGCACUAAGAACAAAGGAUGUUUGACCAGCAUGCAUGUGUUAUUGUUCCUGUUUGUGUCCAUUUUUGUUUUGUAUUCGAUGAUAGUAACAUGUAGAUUCUGUAGGAAUUUUGUUUUUAGGUGGAAACAGUUAGCUUGACCCACCCUUUGUGGUGGGGAUUAUGGCUAGCUUGUAUAUUGUAAGAACGCAAUAAUUGUUAAAUCAUUCUAUUUGUCCCAUCUAA